AAAAAACAAUCACCUGACUUUAGUCACUUAACUUAAUACUUCAUAUUAUCAUAAUAUCAUACCUAUUAACUAUGAUUGUGACUUAUGAGUACAAGUUUUGAAUUAAAGUAUGAGCAUAGAAUACAUUUAAUUAAGUAACUAAAAUGAUGUUUGGUGAUUCUAAAACGCAGUUUAUUGAACAAACAAGAGCUGCACGAAUAGAAAGAGCAAAUGAUCGUAAACGUGAACAAUCAGUUAUCCUUGUCCAAUCAUUAGUCAGAGGAUGGCUAGUUCGCAAACGCAUUCGAAACUUAGUAUUGCAACAAUUUGAUGAAACAUUUGAGAAUAUCAAUGAUUUGAAACCUGCUAUUACUGUUUAUUUAUCUGUGAAAAAAUUUUUAACUUAUUGGGACGAAAAGCAAGAUAGACAAAGAUUUGAAAAACUUUGCAGGUAUAUAAUUCUUAGUCUAGAAUGUGAUACAAUCAAACGUAGCUACAUAUCAGUAGCUUUAAUUAGUGAGCAUGCAGUCAACUGGAUAAAUCAUGUCAAAGAAAUUCUGUCUAUUUGUCUUAGUUAUCUCACUAAACUUCAGCCAAAAUCAUUAGAUGAUUCUUCUUUUUUACACACUUUACUUCAUGUGAUUGUAUCUUUUACAUCAACUUCAAGAUGGUGUGCUAUACAUUCUAAUAAUUCUUUGCAAGGAUUAAAACCUGGAUUGGAGCGUUUAACAGAAAACUUGAUAGCACACUUAUUGAAUAAAAAUGUGUUUAACACUAUGCAGACAUUGCUAAUAACUGGGUUAUUGGGCAUCAAAAUUUUAUUAAAACCUGUGGCUAUGACAGCUAUAAUGACUAUUUGUUGGAGAUGUUUGGUUCUGAGCAACUUUUCAACAAAUAUUUUUCAACUAUUUGUUAUAAAGAUUUAUUCUAUACCCUUAUUAGUAGAGUAUUUGAUAUCUCUCUCAUCUAAAAUUAUUGAAACAUUUAAUUCUGUAAAUCUACUUGAAAAGAUAAUGCAGUUAUUAAAUGAUCAAAAUCAAUGUGAUGAAAUAUUUCAUUGUUUACAUCCAAGUUGGUGUUUGUCAUUAAUUGCAAAUAUUGUGCAUUUAGCAGAAUUAAGCGCCAAAACAGAUCAAUUUGAAAAUAAUUCUACAUCUGUUUUUAUUGUUGGUUUAACAACAUUUUUGGACACUAUUAGAGUUAAUGUUGUUAAAAAACAUUCAAACGUAUCUAGUGUUUGGCAUCCUGAACUUGGUUGGUUCACAGCAAAUUUAAAUUGUCAAUGUUCUCCAAAUAUACCUCCUUUGAAAAAUCAAUUAAUUCCAUUAUGGUGUGGAACUUUAUGUUCCAAGUUACUUCGAUGUCAUCUAAUUAAUGCUUUAGAACAAAUACCUGAAAAUCAACUAGUACCAUCACCUCCGCCUAAAACAAAUAAUCCAAUAGCAAUAAUCAAAAAGGCAUUUGAUUUGAGACUAUCCAGCACUAGUCAAUCAAGUUAUAAGCUUACUGGGAUUCAUGGUACAAAGGUAGUUGCUGCUUGCAACUUAUACUUUACAUGUCUUAAGACAAUCACACAACUUAGACUAGAUAUAAUAACUGGUUUAUGUUAUCAUGAAGAUACAUUGUAUUUAUUGUGGAGGUUUUUGGCGUUUUUAGAUUCUCAUUGUGGUCUCAAGAACCUGUUGGAUAUUCUAGAAUGUGAUAAAAAUUGCAAUUCAGGUGAAUUGCGCAUGUUACAACUAUUCUGUGAUAGUAUGUCACAUUACAUAACUAUUCUUGAUGAUAUAGAAAUGUAUGAGCAACAGAAACCAUUUGUUAUGCGUGACUACAUUUUAAUGUCUAGUUUUUUAAACAUAUUUCUUUAUAAAGGAAUAUCUCAGAAUUUAUUUAGUAAGAUAUUAAUUUUAUUUUUACUUUUAACAAAUGUGUAUUUAAUAAAAAAAUGUUUGAAUAUCUUAGAUAUUCAAGAUACAGCUUCUCCAUCUUAUAGCUUGUUUCGAUCUUGCCGUACUCUUCUAAUGGUUCUUUAUCGCAGAGAUUGUCGUAGAUCUUUUGCACCUCCAGGACACUGGCUGAUUGGUGAUCUUAAAACUUCUUCGUUUUUUAAUGAACUCAAAAAGGGUCGCAAAAUAUAUUCGACUUUAAUUCAAGAAAUCCCUCAUAUAGUUUCUCAUGAAACACGUGUUCGAUUAUUUAGAAAGUAUGUUUCUCGUGAGAAGUUUGCUUUAGGUGUACAUGAAUUACACGAUAACGACAAUUUCAUGCCACCUAUCAUUACUAUACGAAGGAAUCGAAUAAUCGAAGAUGGUUAUACAUAUAUAUCUGAAUUGUCACUGAAACGUUUCAAAGGUGUAAUUAGAGUAAAAUUUAUAAAUGAACAGGGAUUAGAUGAAGCAGGAAUUGAUCAAGAUGGUGUAUUCAAAGAAUUUCUUGAAGAAACUAUAAAGAGAGUAUUUGAUCCGUCAUUAAAUUUAUUUCGUACUACAGAUGAACAACGAUUAUAUCCAUCACCUUCAUCACAUAUUCAAGAAAACCAUCUGAACUUAUUUGAAUUUGUUGGUCGUAUUUUGGGUAAAGCUGUUUAUGAGGGUAUUGUAGUUGAAGUUCCAUUUGCAUCAUUUUUUUUGAGUCAAUUAUUAGGACAAACUCAAGAGCUACUAUAUAGUUCAAUGGAUGAGUUGCCUUCAUUAGACAACGACUUGUAUCGAAAUUUAACAUCUGUUAAACAUUAUGAAGGCGAUGUUUCAGAAUUAGAUUUGACUUUUUCUGUGGUUGAUAAUCACCUUGGUCAAUUGACUACCCAUGAUCUUAUACCUGGUGGAAGAGUAAUAUCAGUUACUAAUCAAAACAAGAUUAAUUAUGUACAUUUAAUGGCCCAUUAUGUUAUGCAUACACAGAUCAAAGCACAAACAGCAGCUUUCAUCAAAGGAUUUAAAUAUGUUAUAAAUCCUGAAUGGUUAUCAUUAUUUUCUACUCCUGAACUUCAAAAACUUAUAUCUGGGGAUAACGCUCCUAUUGAUUUACUUGAUCUUCGAAGAACUACACAAUAUUAUGGAGGAUUUCAUGACUCUCAUCGUGUGAUUCUGUGGUUGUGGGAAGUUCUUCAAAAAGACUUCACAGAAAAAGAAAGAUCACUUUUCCUAAAAUUUGUAACAAGUUGUUCAAAACCACCUUUACUGGGAUUUGCAUAUUUGGAGCCACCAUUUUCCAUAAGAUGUGUCCAAGUAGCAGAUGAUGAAGAUUUUGGUGACACGCUUGUAAGUGUUAUUCGAGGAUUCUUCACUAUUCGUAAAAAAGAUCCAAAUCUUAGACUGCCUUCAGCUUCUACCUGUUUCAACUUGCUCAAGCUUCCAAACUAUCAGAAAAAAAGUAUCCUUAGAGACAAACUUAGGUAUGCAAUUUCAUCAAAUACUGGAUUUGAAUUGUCGUGAAUUUUCUUGAUGAAACAAAAUAAUUUCAUGUUUAAAGCAUUGAGUAUUAUAAUUCCUGUUAUAAAACUAAGAUGUACGAAUUAUGAUUAUUGUAUGUGAUGUAGUUAAUUAAUCUAUUUAUUAUAAGGACUGAAAAUUAUCAUUACAUAGUUUUAUGAGGAAAUUAAUAGUUUCCAAGUUAUCAUUCCAAAUGAUGAAAUAAUUUUUAAACCAGUUAAAAUAUUAGGCUGAUUUACAUAGAUAAUAUUGAUGAUAAUAAUAAUAUAAAUUGUAUUUAAGUACUCAACAUGCCAGCGUAUUUAAAUGUAA